GAACGACAAUUUUGAUGAAAACUAUCGAAAUAAUAUUAAUUAUCUGUAGUGUUGUGCUAACUAACCCAAUAGUUUGGACGUCUUCCAGUAGAGAGUGCUGUAAUCCUGAUUCAUUAUUUUUCUACUAUUUACGUAUCUCUACAUAUACGUUCAAUUGUCAGGUAAUUAAAAACAAUUUCCAAGACAACAUGGCAAGUAAAUUUCACUCCAAACAUGUGAAAAUUCUAUACAAUUUUCUGCGUAGUGAGUGAACUGUAAGUGAAAAUGUAAUAGUUGUUUGCCUUAGUGGCAGAGGUAUUGAUUUCUCGAAUAAACGAAAAUGGAACGGUUAACAAGAAACAAAAUAAAAUCCAGUUUGCCAUUUCAAAUAAUUCUACACAUUAAUCUUUGGUUUUUCCCAAUUUGGUUACUCACAGUCUUCGUAAACUUGGAUUUCCGAUACAGUAAUAUAACAGAUAUUUAUAAUGCCAUAAUGUUAAUAAUAUUUCUAAUACUUUCCGUAUGCGAAAGUCUCAAGUUAUAUUUGGGAUACCUUGGAAAUCUUGGUGGAAAGAUUCCAGAACUGGCAGCUUGUUGGUUGAUUUCAACAUUAAUACAAUUCCCUUUAGAAAUGUUCCUUGUUUUCAAUUAUGAAACAUUAUCUCUACAUAAUAAUCUAAUUGUCAAUUGUUUCAUGAUUUGCCUUCUUUUCCUUGAAAUUAUUACGGGGGCAAUUGCUUUAAGGAAUUUAGCGGAUUUACGUGCCAAAAUAUUUUAUUUGGCACAAUUAUAUAACAGGUGUAACAGGUGUUAAUUUAAACAUAUUAUAUAUGUUUAAGUAUGUAAAUAUAUCUAUGUACAAUUAUGCAUCUGUCAAGAAUUCUCCACUAAGCGAUUCAAAUGACGCGCGCCCGCGCGCGUGUGUGUGUGUGUGUGUGUGUGUGUGUGGUGUGGUGUGUAUGUACAUAUGAAUUUUUUUUAUAAUAAACAAUAAUGUUGAUUGAUUUAAUAAUAUUUGUACCUAGAACAAACAUCUUUUACCUUGAAUUUCCAAGGUUAUGGGUUUUAUAAAAUAAUUGUAUUGCUGACACAUUUUUUCGCAAAUUUGUCAGGUAAAUUUCCAUGUCAUUUAUUACGAUGUCGAGUUUGUCAGCUUGCUGAUUUGCAGUUAGUGCAGACAAAAAUUGUGAACGUGUAGGAACCAUGCGUGAAAGAAGCUAAUGUUAAAAAAUAAAUCAAAAGAUUACAGUAGAUUAAUAGUUUCUCGUGAUGUUUUGUUACGAAUGUUCUUUGGGAAAUGCACACUUACAUUAAAAAGUUGUUGCGCCAUCCAACCGUGAUAUGGUUCCAGGGUCUCUUUAUAGGAUUUUUUAAGGAACGCUACUAAAUCUUCCGUCGGGGAACCCAUUUUAGUAUCUUCGACAAUUUUUUCAAAAAACAAUAAAAUCAUAUGUAACCCUCUGUAACGAGUAAAUUGAAAAUGUCAAUAGAGAAAGGGGGAAAAAAAAAAUA